GCCUCCGCAGGAUAUGGCGGCCAACUGCCCCCCGUCGGGCCGGCGUGCGCCAAGAGCGUGUGCGCUGCGAUGCAGGGCCAUCAGCCCAGAGGAGAGCCGCGCCCUUCGCGCAUGGGAUUUCGUGAUGUUCGCGGCCCUGGUCAUGGUGGCCGUCCUCACGCCUUUUGAGGUGGCCUUCUUGGCAGGCCGGGGCGACUUGGCCUCUCUGGACGGCAAUGCGCUGGCGCGGUUCUGGUUGAAUCGGGCCAUCGACGCGCUUUUCCUCGCGGACAUGGUGUUGCAGUUCUUCGUGAUGUACCCCGUGCCUGGCAGGAGCGCCGUGACGUACGUGCGGGACCUGAGGCUCAUCGCAAGGCACUACCUCACACGAUGGUUCCUGGUGGACCUGGUGUCGGUCUUCCCCUUCGACGUCCUCGGCAUGGCCUACGACAGCACCGCCCUCGAGAAGCUGCGGGCGCUGCAGGUGGUGCGGCUGCUGCGCCUGCUGAGGCUGGCCCGGCUCUUCCGGGGCAUGCGCCUCCUCCGCCGCUGGCAGCUCGAGAUGAGCCUCUCGUACCGGAGGAUGACGCAGUGGCAGCUCCUGUUCAUCGUGUGCGUGGCCGCCCACUGGAUCAGUCGAGUCGGCGACGCGGAGCACGUUCUCCAGCUGUGCCUCGCAUUAUCAGGCCACGAUAUAGAAGAGCUCGAAGAGGCUGGCUACGCGUCUCAAGCCUUCUUGGGAGAGCUGUCUUUUCAUGUACCUCAGGAGUCCAUCUCGCGAGGCCUCCCGCUCUGCCUCCUGGCCGUGCCGGCGCUGGUUCCGGCGGCGCUCGGCGCACACCUCGCGGACGCGCCCGCCACCGAGGCGGCCACGCCGGGCACGCGCGCGCAGCAGAUGAUGCGCUCCGAAGACCUCGGCGCACAGACACCGACCAGCCUCGCGGACCGGGGUGCCCAGCAGGGCAGCACCGCCGUCCAGGGGCUCGCGGACACAGUGCCCGGCGCGGCUGGCCCCCCCCUGGACGCUGGAAUCAAGCUGUCCUAUCCGUCCUUUCCGUUCUUCGGCUCCACCGUGGCCGCGGGCGACUCGGCUGCAGCGCCGGCCGCGGUGCCCGUGCAUUACGCGCCGGCGCCGGUGCAGCACAGCUACGCGCCAGCGCCAGUGCAGCACAGCUACGCACCUGCGCCAGUGCAGUACGCACCAGCGUCGCUGCCAGCGCCGGCGCCCCAGUGGGGCGGAGCGCGCUGA